AUGGCGGCCAAGUCGGACGGCAGCGGCUUCUCGCAGCUGCACAACCUGGACGACCUCCCGCACCAUCAUCCGCACCACGCCGCCGCAGCCGCGGCCGGCCCGGGCGGCUGCGGCGGCGCGGGGGACGAGGCCGGGGGCAGCAGCUCCAUGCACAUCUGCCAUUGCUGCAACACGUCAUCGUGCUAUUGGGGCUGCCGGAGCGCCUGCCUACGAAGCCUGCUGGGCCGGGCCGGGGGGUCGGCCUCGGGGGGCCCGGGAGGCGGCACCGACCCGCUGGAGCCGGCCGACGGGCAGCCGCCCUCGCCCUCGGCGGCGGUGGUGGCGCUGGCGGUGGAGCGGCCGUGGCUGGACUGUCUGUGGAUCGUGCUGGCGCUGCUGGUGCUGUUGGGCGAUGUGGGCACCGACCUCUGGCUGGCCCUGGACCACUACGGCCGGCGGGACUACCUGUGGUGUGGCCUGACGCUGGCCUUCGUCCUCCUGCCUUCGGUCUUGGUGCAGAUCCUCAGCUUCCGAUGGUUCGUGCAAGACUACACCGGCGGAGGCCUGGGGGCCGUGCAGGGCCUCACCAGCCGCGGCCCUCCCAUGAUGGGCUCGGUCGGAGGGGGCCGUCGGGCUGGCCCGGGACAUCACGCCGCCCCUCCCGGCGCACAGCGCCUCUGCAGGCUUUCCGUCUGGAUCUGGCAGACUGUUAUCCACCUGCUGCAGAUGGGACAGGUCUGGAGCCCCCCCCCAUCUCUGGUGAUCUUAGAAAAAGAUGCGCAAGACCUGUUUCAUAGACAGAAGAUUGAAAAGGCACCGGGUCUAUAUGAUGUAACUCCUUCUUGCUUGAAAACCUGUGCUGAUCAACUGGCCCCUAUCUUCACACACAUCUUUAAUAAAUCACUGGAGAUAUGCUAUGUCCCUUCUUGCUUCAAAUGCUCUACUAUUAUCCUGGUUCCCAAGAAACCCUCUAUCAAGGUGCUGAAUGACUACAGACCAGUUGCACUGAUAUCUGUAGAUAUGAAGACCUUUGAGAGGUUAGUGCCGAUCCACUUGAAAAGCAUCACAGAUCCACUGUUAGAUCCCUUGCAGUUUGCCUACCAAACAAAUAAAUUGGCAGAUGAUGCUGUCAAUAUGGCACUGCACUACAUCUUGCAACAUCUUGAAUUCCCAGGGACUUACGCAUGGGUCCUUUUUGUAGACUUCAGCUCAGCAUUCAAUACUAUCAUUCCAGAAAAACUUCACUUCAAAUUGAUUCAGCUAACUGUACCUGUCCAUACUCAUAAGGGGGUUAUUAGCUUUUUGACAGAUAGGAAGCAACAGAUUAUAAAUAGGAGAGUUUGGUUUGCCAUGUUCUAUCUGGACUGUAGCUCUAUGUCCCCACAGAUCACAAAUGAGGACAAUGAGAUGUCCUCGGACUCUCAUUUAUCAAAGCACAUUCCACAAUUUGACAUGGUCAACAUAACUGAAGGCCCAUACUGA